ACUCAGACCAAACUGCUCGAGAUCAUGGGUAGAUUGAAGCAAGAGAAUGUGAACACUCUAACGAUUUUGGUGAUGGGAAAAGGGGGAGUUGGUAAGUCCUCCACCGUUAACUCUAUCCUCGGGGAGCGAGUGGCCACUGUUAGUGCCUUCCAGUCGGAAGCAUUGAGACCCAUAAUGUGUUCAAGGACACGGGCAGGAUUUACUUUGAAUGUAAUCGACACUCCCGGGAUUGUUGAAGGUGGAUAUGUCAAUGAGCAAGCUCUUGAGAUCAUAAAAAGGUUUCUUUUGGACAAGACCAUUGAUGUGCUUUUGUAUGUUGAUCGACUUGAUGCAUAUCGAGUAGAUAACUUGGAUCGACAGGUUGUCAAAGCCAUCACUGACUUUCUUGGUAGAGGAAUAUGGGAGAGGGCUGUGGUUGUUUUAACUCAUGCUCAACUAUCCCCUCCGGAUGGCUUGAAUUAUGAUGAUUUUUUGGCCAAGCGAUCUGAAGCUCUUCUAAAAUAUAUACGUUUGGGUGCAAAGAUUAAGAAAAAAGAGUUUCAGGACAAAGCCAUUCCAGUUGCUUUAGUGGAGAACAGUGGAAGAUGCAAGACCAAUGAUGAGGGGGAAAAGAUCCUUCCCAAUGGUACUGCAUGGAUCCCAAACUUGGUGCAAACAAUUACAGAUGUUAUCACAAGCGGUGGAAAAUCCAUCACAGUUGAUCAGAAGUUGAUCGACGGUCCUAACCCUAAUAAUAGGGGGAAGCUCCUCAUACCUCUGAUCCUCGCGUUUCAGUACUUUUUUGUAAUCAAGAGGAUACAGAGAGCGAUAAAGAAUGAUAUCGAAAGUGAAAGCAAGCCACUUUGGGAGCUGAGGGACAUGGGGUUGGCUAACCGCAAAUUCUAAUAUGUGGGAUCUCAGUAAUUCCAAUUUUUUCCUUAUUUAUAUUCUUGUGUUUUCUCAUCAUUUUUCAGACAUUCUCCCUGUUUUUAUCUUUUCGGAAAUGGAGGACCAACAAGUCCCGCGGCAGACAAUAUUGUUGAGGAUGCAGUAUUAUAUAUAUUUGUAUGUUCUAAGAGUGCAGAUAUCUCUUGCUGCUCUAAGGAACUUAGAUACUUUGAUGAUGGAAUCAAGAUGUUUUCAAUUUUAUAUUCCUGGAAGAGUGUUCUCCGACUUUA